GCCUCAAUCUUUUACACACACACCAAAAAAAGAAACUCACUUUCAAUAUAUUCCAUCUUUUUAUUCCACACACUAUUUACUCUAAAAAGAAAAAAAAAACAUUUCUUCCAUUUCUUCAAGAAAUUAAAAAUGGAGAAUUUCCCAAUUAUCAACUUGGAAAAACUCAAUGGUGUUGAGAGAGUAGCCACAAUGGAAAAGAUUAAUGAUGCUUGUGAAAAUUGGGGCUUCUUUGAGUUGGUGAACCAUGGAAUCCCUCAUGAAGUGAUGGACACUGUGGAGAAAUUAACAAAGGGACAUUACAAGAAGUGUAUGGAACAAAGAUUUAAAGAAUUGGUUGCUAAGAAAGGACUUGAAGGUGUUGAAGUUGAGGUUACUGAUAUGGAUUGGGAAAGUACUUUUUUCUUGAGGCAUCUCCCUUCUUCUAAUAUCUCUCAACUACCUGAUCUUGAUGAUGUAUAUAGGGAAGUUAUGAGGGAUUUUGCUAAAAGAUUAGAGAAGUUAGCAGAAGAACUCUUGGAUUUGCUUUGUGAAAAUCUCGGACUAGAAAAAAGUUACUUGAAAAAUACAUUUUAUGGCUCAAAAGGUCCAAAUUUUGGGACUAAAGUAAGUAACUAUCCACCAUGUCCAAAACCUGAUUUAAUAAAGGGGUUGCGUGCACAUACUGAUGCUGGUGGCAUAAUACUUCUCUUCCAAGAUGACAAGGUGAGUGGCCUACAACUCCUCAAAGACGGUCGAUGGAUCGAUGUCCCUCCCAUGCGCCACUCCAUCGUGGUUAACCUAGGUGACCAACUCGAGGUCAUCACGAACGGGAAGUACAAGAGUGUGAUGCACAGAGUGAUCGCACAAAAAGACGGGACUCGGAUGUCAUUAGCAUCCUUCUACAAUCCAGGAAAUGAUGCAUUGAUCUAUCCAGCACCAGCUCUAGUUGAUAAAGAGGCAGAGGAACAUAACAAACAAGUUUACCCUAAAUUUAUGUUUGAUGAUUACAUGAAGUUAUAUGCUAAUCUCAAAUUUCAAGCCAAAGAGCCAAGAUUUGAAGCCAUGAAAGCUAUGGAAAGUGAUCCAAUUGCAAUUGCUUAGAUUAAAAAUUAAAAAAAUUGGAAGAAAAUUAUUUGUUAUUGACAUACAUUAUUUGUUUUUUUUGAAGUAUAGUGGAAUUUAUAUAUUUUUAUUACAAAGUGUGUGUCCCUACUACAUGUGUGGUAAAGAGGACUAAAGUUUGUAUCUUACACAUAUUUUAAUACCCAAAAAUGAGAUGUGUUUCUGUUUUUCUCAUUA